UGGCCCUCGCUUCCAAGAUGACGAGAAAAAGAAGGAACAACGGCCGAGCCAAAAAGGGCCGCGGCCAUGUGCAGCCUAUUCGAUGUACAAACUGCGCCCGUUGCGUGCCCAAGGACAAGGCCAUUAAGAAGUUCGUCAUUCGGAGCAUUGUAGAGGCCGCUGCCAUCAGGGACAUUUCCGAAGCGAGUGUCUUCGACGCUUAUGUGCUUCCCAAGCUCUACGUAAAGCUCCAUUACUGCGUGAGCUGCGCCAUUCACAGCAAGGUGGUCAGGAAUCGAUCUCGUGAAGCCCGGAAACACCGAACACCCCCACCCAGAUUUAGACCUGCUGGUGCUGCUCCACGACCUCCACCAAAGCCCAUGUAAGGAACUGGAUACUUAGAGAGUGAAGAAAAGCUGUUUUCUGGGGGAAAAUAAAGAUCAAUGGAAAUUAUACUU